AUGAUGUUGUCGGAGCGCGUAGCGAUCGUGACCGGCGGCGGCUCGGGCAUUGGACAGGCGACGGUGCGGGCGCUGGCCGCCGAGGGCGCGGCGGUGCUGGUCGCCGAUAUCGACGAGUCGGGCGGCGAGGCUGUGGCCGCGGAGGUCCGCGAAGCCGGCGGCCAGGCGGCCUUCCUGCGCACCGACGUCGCCGAGGCGGAGCAGGUCGAGGCCCUCGUCGAUAAGACGCUCAGCGAUUUCGGCCGGCUCGACCUUGCUUAUAACAACGCCGGCAUCGAAGGCCCCCAGGCCCUGCUGGCGGAGCAGGACAUGGCCGCCGUCCAGCAUGUUUUUGCGGUCAUGAUCGAGGGCGUCUACCUCUGCAUGCAGGCGGAGAUCCCGGCGAUGCUGGAGUCGGGCGGCGGGUCGAUCGUCAAUGCCGGCUCCAUGUGGGGGCUUGCCGCCUACCCGCUCUGGUCGCCCGUACAUGACCGCGAAGCACGCGGUCUCCGGCAUGACCAGGGCGGCGGCGCUCGAUUAUGCGAAGGACGGCAUCCGGGUGAACGCGGUGGCACCGGGGCCGAUCCUGACGCCGCUCCUGCUGCGCGGCUGGGACAACGAUCCCUCCAACGCAUCGGGCCGCGUGCCGAUGGGGCGGAUCGGCCGGCCCGAAGAGGUCGCCGACGCGGUGGUCUGGCUGCUCUCGGACAAGGCGAGCUUCGUCACCGGGCCACGUGCUGCCGGUGGACGGCGGCAUGUUGGCGGAGAAGGGCUGACCCGAACCUCUCACCUCGGCCACGGCCUGCGUCGCGCGCUCCCGCGCGCGGGUGA